AUGAGAUGGAAACUUUCCUAUAGGCGAAUACUAUACUACCACAGUCGACAAGUACGAAGCAAAAUUCAUUAUACCAACUAUUUAUAUUCCGACUACGAUAAGUUUAUCAAGCUUUACAAUAAUGAUGUUGACACGGUUAAAACAGCACCUUUAGAUGACAAAUGUCCUACGUUUUUCAACCAAUUUCUCGCUGAGAACCCAGAUUGGACUUUCCCAAUAUACAAUUUGGCACACAGUAGAAUUGUCAAAUCUAUAGACGACAAGGAAAAAUUCGUCAGGGACAAGAAACCCACCCUUAAAGAAACAGGAAGAAAGUUGACGGAGAAACUCGAAGAAGAAUAUUCCAAGGCUGUAAACGUCACCAUGGAAAUACUGCAAAUCAUGGCCGAUACCGCCAGUUUAAUGAGAGUCUAUGGCAAAUGUUUCCUAGACAAACCACAAAAUAAACUCUACAAUCAACUCACAGAAUUAUUCUUUCCAUUCUUGACAAAUCAUCUACCCAUGUUUGAAGUUGUUACUCAAUCGGGAACCAUAGAUAUCCCCGAUAACACCUGGCCGAUAUUUGACAAGAACAACAAACUUUUAAACAAGAAACCAAUGAAAACUGAUAAUAUUAUUUCAACCAUAGUACAAAACGUUCAAGGAAAGGGAAUAGUUAUAUCCGGUGGUAAUGCACAUACCCGUGAUAUCAUGAGGUUGAUUCGAGUAUUGCGAGCAUUGAACAACCAAUACCCUAUACAAAUUGUGCAUCUGGAUUUAAACGAAAAAUCAAAGAGAUAUAUCGAGGCAGUAGCAAUAUCCGAGAUUGACUUCCUCCUUGAUCCUAAGACUUCCGAGUACAAGUAUUUGAAACAUAUUGAUUUAUUGAACGGACAUCAGGAAUACGGGUCAAAAUACCCAAAACAGGAUAUAACUUUUGUCCAUAUUAAACCAUGUAUUAAUCGAAACCACAAGAACUCAUUUCCAGGUUAUUCAAACAAAUUGCUAGCCUUGUUGUUUACUACGUUUGAGGAAGUUAUCAUGCUUGACGCAGAUACUGUACCUCUCGUGCCUACCGAUACUUUCUUCAAAUCUAAACAAUAUAAAUCUUCAGGAGCUUACUUCUUCCAAGAUCGGACAUUACGUGAUUAUAACGAGUUUUUUGAAACUAAUUUCAUGUCCAGUUUAUUUCCGGUUAAUGAAGUAUCCUUGGACUCUUUAUUCAAUAUUACCAGGGUUACAAAUAAAACCUUGAAUAACAGGUACAUGACAGGUUGGAGACAUUAUCAAGAAGCAGGGGUAGUUGCCAUAAACAAGCGACAACACUACUUGGGGUUACUCAUGACAUUACCGUUAUCACUUUGGAAAGAACCGGUUAAAUCUAUGAUUUGGGGAGACAAGGAGAUGUAUUGGGCUGGUCUUUCCAUGGCUGGAGAUGAAAAUUACGAGUUUAAUCCCAAUGCAGCUGCAUCGGUGGGACAACUCACAACUGAUCCCAAACGAAAGUUCUAUCCCAGCUCGGAUACACCUGAGUUAUGUUCUUCCCAUCCCGGUCACAUCAAUGAAGAAGGAAAACUACUCUGGAUCAACUCUGGAUUUGCAUACUGUAAGAAAAACGGGUAUUAUCGGGAUAAAUUCAAAUUCCCAUACGUGACGUUUGAAGUUAUCGAGCUUUCACAACUAUACGAAUCACCAAUUCGAAUUACGGAUGCAAUUGUUCCUCCUGAUUUACCAAGAUAUAGACAACCUGGAUCGCCCAUUGACACCGCCUACGAAACUAGUUUCCGUCAAUCGUGGAAAUUGAGACCUAAGGACAUAGACGAAAUCAAUAACGAUAAACCCAAAGAAGAACACGUCAAGGUAAUUGAAGAAUGGGGACCGCAAAGGGGAUGGGUCAAGAAUGAUAUCUGUCUGGGGUAUUACUAUUGUGCUUAUAGCGAAGUUGAUAGUUAUUUUGAUGCUGGCGAGAAAGAUAUGGGGAAGGUGUACCAGUUUAAUGAUAAUGAUAAGAAAAUGUUUGAUUAUUUAGGCAAGGUUUGGCAUACUGGUGGUACGAGAAGGUAUUUGCAAGUUUCCACACAGGGUUAGAUAGGAAGUUAAUAGACAAUACAUGUAUUAUAUAUAUGCAAA